AUGGCUGCGGAAGGUGGACCCGUGGCCGGUGGCUCUGGACGAAAGGGGAAUGUGAACUCUGAGGACAAUAGCAAUCAGGAAGACGAGGAGGGUGGAGGAAGCACCGCGGGUGAGGGCCACAAUCCCACCUCGGGAGGACCACUCACUGCUCCGACGAGGCAGGACCAAUCCAGCAGCGACCCACUGCGAAGCAACACUUGCAAUCCGUCCGGCACUGGCAGCGCGUCUGCUGCUCGGAUGCGUGCAAGUGGACCAGAGUCUUUGGGCGGAGGGCACGCUGCAGGCACAGCAUCCCCACGCUCCGACGCAUCUCAGCAGGCAGCAGGUGGAGUGCAUGCUGGUGGCGGGAGGACCUCCCAGGGCAGUCAGGCUUCGGAACAAACCGUCACGGGACAGUCACAGGUGCCAGGGACGGCGAAGGAAGCACCGCAGGGCGAUGAAGGAGGAGAACCCGGAGCGCAACACGAAGCCGACCAAACCAAAAAAAUGACUGUGAUGAAUUGUUGCGCAAAAACAGCGGUGGAACAGGAGAGCCGCCAGCGGGAUCGCAAGAUGCACCACGUCUCUAUAGUGGCGAGAAUGCUCAUUAUUAUUAUUUUUCUUCUCUUACCAGCGCGUCUAGCUAUACAAUGCCACCAGGGUGCCGAGGAGGUGGUCGAGCAGCGACAUGAGUUUCCUGCUAUGAGGCAACUGCCAUCGAGAGAACCUUUCGGUGCAAAGGUCUUUCUUAAUGUCCAGCCGUUGGCGCACAGCCAGAGCUUCUGUACAUUCUGGAAGCAGAUGGUGCAAUUUUUUCUGCGGGCUAAUUGUUGCGCUUGUGGAGGCUGGCUGAUCCUGCGGUAG